GAAUCCCGGACAAGUUCAUUCAUGGCCGCUCUUUUGCUGCCAACCCUUCCCAGCAAUCCGCCAUAGCCGAUCAUGUACAUGGUGUAUGUCUGUAUGGAAUGUACACCAGCUGGUGGAACAGUACAGUAUGACACCGAGGCAUGUCAAGCAGUUUCAUCGUACGACACGACUUAGACGGUGCACUGCUUCUUGGGGAAAUCGCAGCGACCGUCCCUUGGCGAUUGGCUCGCGAAGUUGCACGAAGCGCACAGGUUCACAACGCUACGCAUAGCUAUCACGUCAGCUAAUGCCCAUGCGCCUUUCACGCUCGUAACAUCAGCCAUCGCACGGACGCCAGCCUCCGUGCUAUAGCAGACCGUCGUUCGCUUUCUCACUUCAAGGGCCCCUAGCGAUGGUGGCCUUCCGUUGAGAUAACCACUUCUUCUCCGGUUUGCCUCCAUGGCUCUCUGUUCCUGCGAGCGGCCCCUUCAUAACACUACUGGCCCUUCUGGGAUCCGCUCCCGUGCAGCUUCGAGGAAUUUGCGAGCUCGGCCUGACUCCUGGACUUGUUCGCGGCUAAUGAUCGGUGGACGUCAUACGCGUUAUACGCCAAAGAUUCACGGAUCCAAUCGAGAACCAGAGGGAUGUCAGAGACCAGGAAGAGCGCGGAGAUUAGAGAUUAGAAAGGGAGUAAGCUCUGGAGGGUUCUCUGGCCUCCGCAGACACAGGCUCGAGGAUUCGUCUGGAGCGUUUUCUGCUCCUUUAUUCGCGAGUGAGCCUGGUUACCCAUCUCGCCACGCGCUCCCCAGUUUCGCCACGCCAGCAGGCCGAGGGAGGCAGAGCAAACGAGCUCGUCUCACGGUUUCCGCUCUGCCUGCUGAUUUCUCCGCUGCUGAUGCUGCUGGGAGCAGCAGUGACACUUGGCACGCUGUGAUUGGAGGGCUUGAGGAUACCCUGGAACGGCUAGCAGAGGCCGGGGAUGUAGCAGCGGAUGUAGCAUUGGAUGUGGCACCGGAUUUGAUGGGGGGGUUGGUGGUGGGUGCUGCUCUGGCUCUGGCAGGAUUUGCAGCUGCUGCUGCUGAUCGUGGCGGUGGCUCCCUUGGUGCUACUGAUGCUGCUGGUGCUGGUGCUGGUGCUGGUGCUGGCUCUGCCUCUGGCUCUGCCGUUGGCUCUGCUGCUGGCUGUGGUGCUAGGAGAUCAAGUGGUUCGGAGCAAGAGGGGCUAUUUGGAACAGAAUUUGGAGGAAGGGUGGAGGCUGAUUUGGAAACAGAAACGAGUCACGGCUUGGGAGUGGAACGCAGUGGGGAGUUUUUCCUGCUGCCCGAGUUCGGGCCUGAGGGAAAUGUUUUCGGCCUACAGAAAUACUUUCUGGCUCGAUGUCCGUCUCUCCCCCCUCCUGCUGCACCGAGCGUGCUCUUGCGAGGGCCGCCUGAUCGUACUCCUGGUAGAGCUGAUGGGGUCGAAAAGACUACGGUGGGAGGAUUCGGACAGCAGACGGCACUGGUGGAGGCAGAGGAGUCACAGCAAGUACCGGCACCAGAGGAGGAUCCGGGUGCAGCAGGUAAAGGAGUGACCAGUGGGCGGGAGAUCCUUGGGCGGCAGGUGGAUGGCGCAGCAAGGCAGAGACCCCUUCUGGGGCGGCAGCAGCUGGACGGUUCUGCAACCCAGAGGCGGUUAUUUGGGCGGCACUGCAUCUCCACUCCUGACGGGGGGACUUUGUCCCUUGAUUUUCUCAAGGACUCGCCCUUGGGAUUGCCGCCACCCUUGGGAUUGCCGCCACCUUUGGGAUUGUCGGGAAAAGAUACCCUUAGAACCUGCACUGUAGAUGCGGGAGCUGUCGAAGGGAGUGUACAUGUGAGUGAAGACAGUGCGGUGUACAAAGGUGAAGAUGGUCCAAUGAGGACGGUUGCAGUAGGACAACAGACCCAGAAGCAGCAACAGCAGAAGCAGCAGCAGCAGCAGCAGCAGAAGCAGCAGAAGCAGCAGCAGCAGCAGCAGCAACGGUCGGGCCUGUUAGACCAACUGGGAGCAGGCGAGGGCAUGGUGGUGCUGCUGGUGGCAGGCACGGCAGCAGGCAGUGCGGACCCUUUCAUCCAGCGCCUGGCAUGCAGCAUAACCGCCAGAGGCCACUUGCCCGUGGUGCUCAACCUGCGGGGGUGCGGUGACAGUCCUGUCACUUCCCCACGCCUAUUUUCAGCAGCUGACAGUGCUGACGUGGCACUGGCAGCCAAUUUCCUCGCGGCAUCCUUCCCCGACUCCCUCCUAGUGGCCGUGGGGGUGGGUCUGGGGGGGCACCUGCUGCUGAGGUACCUGGGGGACGCAAGCAGGGGGACGAGGGGAGAGAAACGGGGGUCAAAGACGAGGACGGGGGACGAAAGGGACGGAAGGAACGGAAGGGACGGAAAGUUGAGGGGGGGGCUGGGUGGUGGUUGUGGAGGGUUUGGAAUGGGUGGGGUAUACAAUCAGAGCGGUAUCCAAGCAGCCAUGGCGGUUGAUGCGCCCAUGUGCCUCUGCCAACAGUACUACAGUGACAGUCGCUGCUCUGACGAGGAGGAAGUUUCCAGGAGGAUGGCACGUGAUAUGGUGGCGCUCCUGCACAGGCAUGAGAUGAUAUUCUCUGGAGUGCGGGGCCCACAUGAGCCCCUCGACCUAUCGGCAGCAGUGGCUGCUUCGUCCCUCGGCCAAUGGGACGACGCCAUGUCACGCCGUGCCUUGGGAUACCCGUCGCUAUAUGCCUUCUAUGACGCAUGUUGUGCGUCUGUUGCAGUUGAAGACAUUGCCGUGCCCACUCUGUGCAUCCAACGAGAGAGUGUUGUCACACCAAGCACUGUGGCUUUUCCUCCCUCCUCCCCUUCGUCGUCCUCCUCCUCCUCUUCAUCCUUCUCUUCAUCCUCCUCGACCUCGCCUUCUUCCUCAGAGCCAUCCAUGUGGCAGCCCUUCCUAACCAACUGCAACCUCUCUCUCUGCGUCCUGUCCAGCAAUAGAGCCCAUUUGGACGCUGCUGCUGCUGCUGCUGCUGCUGCUUCUGCUUCUGCAGCUUCUCCUUCUCCUGCUGCUGCUGCUGAUAGUGCUGGUGCUGGUGAUGCUGGCACCAGAAACUGCUCGUCUGUUGCCCUCUCCUCGUCUCAUCUCUGGAGCCCCUCCUUCGCCAGCCGUGUCAUGCAGACUGUUGAUGAGUGGUUGCCAGCAAUCGAAUCUGCUCUUCUUCAGCAAAGACUGAGAGAUUUGGCUCGUGAAACGGACAAGAGUGUGGUUCGACGUAAAAGAGGCACGGGGAGUCAAGGUCCACUGCGCGGGAGAGACGAGAGGGUUAAAAAAUUACAGUAUGAGAGCGGAGGAGGAGGAGGAGGAGGAGAGCGGAUGAAAGGGCAUGCCACGAGGUCACCUGAUACUCGUGCUCUAAAUGCACCUGAUCCGGCUGCUGCUGCUUCAGCUGAUCAACCUGCCGCUACACCUGCGGAAACUGGUGCUGCUCAAUGCGGCUCAGCAAUUCUCACAGGUGCUUCCUCAGGUGUUCUGUCAGGUGCUGCUGGGGUAGCAUCCGACGGUGGUCCUGUGAGCCCAGAAGGAGUGAUGCAGGGCGCUGCACUGUCAUCUGCAGCAGUGCCUGCUAAAGAUACGACGGCAAUGAGUGCAGCAGGAGCAGAGGAAGCAGCGACAGCAGGUGCUGCAGAGGAGUCACUACCAGCAGUGCAGAGUGGUCCUGUGCACCCAGGGGGAGUGAUGGCAGGUGCUGCACAGUCACCUGCAGCAGCGGCUGCUGAGGCUGCAGCGACAACAGCAGGGGUCAGUGUCACAAGGGGGGACAAAUCAGCAGCACCAGGCGCUGCUGCUGCGGAUUCACCACCAGCAGUGCACAGUGGUCUUGUGGGUUCACUACCAGGGGGAGUGAUGCAGGGUGCUGCCCAGGUGCCUGCAGCAGCGCCUGCAGGUGUUUCGGCAACAGCUGCAGCCACAGCAGAGGCAGCAGAGGCAGCAGAGGCAGCAGAGGCAGCAGAGGUAGCAGCUGCAAAUCCAGGGGUUGUGGCAGAACCAGCAGCAGUGGAAGGAGCAGCAGCAGUAGCAGCGGAGCUGGCAACAGCAGCAGCAGCAGCAACAGCGGAAACAGCCGCAGCAGCAGAGACACCAGCAGCAGCAGCACCCCCCUCACCGUCAGUGUCCCAGUGGGCGGAGGCUGCCCUCAACCUCGUCGAUGCUGCCAUGCCCGGCGCUGUGAGCGCAGGGGAGAGGGAGCAGCUCCUGUCAGCCAUACAGAGAGGACAGAGCAUAGCAGACGCGGUGCAGCAGGUACUACCACCCGAGCUCCAGUCAUCAGUCACCAGCACACUCAAGCAGUGUGUGGAGGCGGCCCAGACCUCAGCAGCAGUGGGCAGCACUCUGAAGCAGGCGGUUUCUCUUCUGCCCAAGGCACGCCCCCUCACAUGGGCUGGGCAGAGAACGGCUGGAAGUGCGGAGCAGGACAGGGAAGGGGAACAGGGUAGGAGCGAAGAAGGGAGAGGGGUGCAGGAGAGUGGGAUAGAUGAGAGGGAGGCAGAGUCGGAAGGCACCGGAGUGAAAGAGCGGAUCGAAUCUGCUUCAGAGUCGACUCAAAAGCGGAUCGAAGCGGAUGGAAUUGUGGGUGUGAAUAGCCACUCAAAUGACAGCUCGAGCGGGAUUGGGAAGUCGCGCAUGCCUGUGAGCAGCAGCAGUGAGGAGCAGAAAUCCGGGGGUGGGGCGGGCAUGAGAGACACGCUUUUGGAUGAGCUGUGGGGGGAGCUCAUCCCGCAGCAGCAAGAGCAGCAGCAGCAGGAGCAGGAGCAGAAGCAGCAGUUUCAGCAGCAGCAACAACAGCAGGAGAGGCAGCAGCAGCAGCAGCAGCAGCAGGUGCUUGAUGACUUGUGGAGCGAAACGCCAGAGUAUGACAAAGCAGGAGGGGACUCCGCUACCUCGCCUAAUUCGAGUAGCAUUUACAGUGGAAGCAGCAGCAGCAGCGGCAGAACGAGCAACAGUAUUCCUCCAUCCACCUCACCACCUGCAGACACGUCCUCCCCAUCCUCUCCCCUCCUCUCUCCCACCCCUCCUACCCCCCUCCCUUCAGCCAUCUCUCCUCCAGCCUCCCCUGCUGCUGCCGCACCAUUCCCUGCCAAUUCCACCCUGCCCACCUCCUUCCCCCCGUCUCCCGCUUGUCCUCCCCUCAUCCCCCCGGUCUACAGUCCCCAGCCCCCAAGUCCCGCACCUUCUGCUCCCCUCAACCCAAGCCCCUCCCCCGCGGCUCCCUCCCCCAAUACUGCUCUUCCCAGCCCCUCUCCUCCCACUCCCCCUUCCCCCACUCCCCCUUCCCCCACUUCCCCUCCCCCCACUUCCCCGCCUCCUGACCCUCCUUCAGCUGGCCCUCCCCCACCUGUUGCGUCCCCCAACUCCCCUCCCCCACCCCUUCCCUCCCCCAGCCUUCCCCCAGACGCCCCUCCCCCCGCUCCUGAUGCGCCUUCCUCCCUUCCCCCUUCUUCCAAUACCUCCCCUUCACCUUCUGCUUCCGCUCCCCCCCCCACGCAAUCCCCAACUCCCUCUCCCCUUCCACCCCCGCCUGCUCCCUCCCCCUCCGCUCCUUCCCCGCCCUCCCCUCCCUCCCCUCCCUCCCUCCCCUCCCCUCCCUCCCCUCCUUCCGCUCCCUCCCCUCCGUCCCCUCCUGCUGCCCCGCCUUUAUCCUUGGGCGGGUUGAAUCUGUCUGUAGCGGUGCAGGCGUUAUCUGGGGUAGAUGACAGCUCGCAGGUAGCUGUCGCGAGUGUGUUUGACGCUGUGGGUGGUAUUUUGGCAGAGCUAAAGCAGGAGAAGGAGAAGAGGGAGGAGGAGGAGAAGAGAGAGGAGGAGAAGGGAGAUGAGGAGAAGAGGGAGGAGAAGAGAGAUGAGGAUAAGAGAGAAGGGGAGAGGAGAGAAGGGGAGAAGAGAGAAGAGGAGGAGAGAGAAGGGGAGGAGGAUAUGAGAAGAGUACGGAAAGCAAGGGAUGAGGAGAGGGAGGUAUGGAGGGAGGAAGAGGGAAGGGGAAAAGACCAGGAUAUCUCGCAGCACAAGGCAAAGAGGAAGGCUCAGGGUAGUGGUAGGGGCAAAACAGGGCAGGUGGACGCAAAAGGUGAGGGGGAGGGGAAGGGGUUGGCGGGUGAGACGCCCGGUUCAGCCUCCUCUUCUGUGGAUAAGAUGGUCGGCUCUGCUACAGCCAUGGCUGCUACAGCCUUGGCAAUCAAUGCUACAGUCGGGGCUGGUGAGACGGCAGCAGAAGUUGCUUCAGGGACGUCUCAAAAGCAGCACAGUAGGGCGGUGGGGGUGGCAGAGGGGCAAAGCGCGGAGCCUGAAGAAAAUGGGGCUGCAGCACGCGGAGGCAGUGCAACAGGGGCAGCAGCAGUGGCGGAACAGCAAGCACAUGACGGUUCACAGCGACUUGAUGGGGGAGGCGGGACUGGGGGAGGAGGAGAGGGUUUUGGAGAGGGCGGAGCAGAAGGUGCGGGGGAGGGGUUGUUGGAGAUAGCUGAGAAGGCAAUCGAGGUGGCGUCUCCUGUGAUUCCAAGGAAACAAGACGGGCAGGUCGACUUGAAAAGGUUAUCUGAGAUGAUUCAGCAGUGGGGUGCCCACGGCCGCAUGCUCAGAGUGCUUGGCAAGGCGGCCCUCUUUGCCGAGGGCCUCUACGGCGCCGUGGGGCUGUGCGAGCAGCUGAUAUCCCUCACGGACAUCCACAAGCGGUCGCUUACAACUAGGCUCCUCUUGGCGCUCCUCCUCCUCGUCCUCCUCUGGUCUCCGAUCCUCAUCCCCUUCAUCCCCUCCCUCAUCACCACACUCACCUCCCCCUCGGCCAAUCCCGUGGCGCCACCUGUCGUCACCACAGCUCUGCUCGCCGUGGGUCUGUACAUCGCCCUGCUCCUCCUAGUGCGCAUCUGGGGCAGGAGAGUCAGGAGAUACGAGCAUCCCAUUAAGGAAUACGGGCUCAGGCUGUUUGAGUCAACCCAGGAGCUCUCGUGGCUGGCCCAGGGUCUGCUCCUGGGCUCGUCCCUCCUGCUGCUGCUACACGUUAUUCAGCUCCGCCUCAACCUCACCUCCCUUAACCUCCCUCCCUUCCACCUUCCACCCUUCCUCCUCCCUCCCACCCUCCGAUUUCCCGAUCUCACUCUCAUCCGUUCAACCCUCUCCUCCGUCUUCCACUCAAUCCUGCACCGUCUGCAUCAAGCCACUUCCUCCCUACCGCAUUGGUCACCCGUACACUUCCCUCCUACCUCCUCCCUGCCGUCUCUCCAACCCCUCCAAACCCCAAUCCUAGCUUCUGCUGCUGCGGCUGCCACCCCUACCGCUAUCACACCCACCCGCCCACUCUCCUUUCUCGCCUUGCUCCUCCCCUCCCUCCUCUCCGCCCUCCUCUCUCUCCUUGUCUCCACCUCUCGCAUCCUGCGCCUUGUAACGGGGUCGCUACUAAUGGGUACGGCUGUAGCAGUGGUGGAAGAGCUUGUCUUCCGAGGCUGGCUGUUUGAAGAGGUUCGGUGGGACCGAGGCCUGGCGUUUGCUUCGGGAGUCACUGCACUACUGUUUGCCAUAGUGCACUGGUCAAUCCCAGCCAUGCCGGGUCUCAUCCUCCUCUCCCUCGCGCUCUCCUUCCUCCGCCUCCGCUGCAGCAGCAGCCUCUCCCUCCCCAUCGGUCUCCACACCAGCCUGAUCGCCGCAAAUCAAAUCAUAUCUUUCUCGGGGAUCGUAUCCUACCGCCCGGGAGCCCCCGUGUGGCUCACAGGCGCGCAUAAGGCCAACCCCCUGGCGGGGUUGAUAGCGCAGGGUCUGCUGCUGGUGAUGGUGGUGGCACUGUGCCCUUGGGGGGAAUUAGUGCGAGAAAGGAAGGGGAGACUCGCUAAAGAUAGCGAUAUUGAUAGUGACGGUGAUAGUGACAGUAGUGAAUGCGAGUCUGAGGAUGAGUAUGUGGAUCCAUCAUCUGAUGGAAGGAAACAGUAACCAAUAUAGGCACAUGUUGCUUGCUGUAUAAACCAUGUGCUUGUGGUACUGUACAUGUUUUGCUGCUGAGGAAUCAUGGUGUAUUAG